UGGAACAAAUUUAUUGACUGAUGUCCAUGUGCAAACAAAUAAAGAUCACACGUAUACACAAACACAUACAUACACACAUAUGGACGUAUGUACGCAGUAUGAUGAUAGGAGAAAGAGCAAAGCGACAGGGAAACAGACAGACAGACAGGCAGACAGCCUAUAAAUACACCGACAUUUCUUCGACAGAUGAGUCAGUCACUCAGUCAGUCGGUGAGUCAGUCAGUCCACGGAGACCUCCCUCACUCAACACACCGACCCACCGACCGAUUUGCCGAUUUGCCAAACACCUUUUCCCCUCCCCUCCCGCUAACAAAUGAAUAUACACCGUUUAUGUAUGUAUGUGAGCCAUACCAUACCCGCCCUGACGCACCCACACACGCAGUUUUCGCCACACAUACAACACACACAUUCAUCAUGCAUUGAGUCAGUCACCGACGUGUGCACACCUGUUCAUGCAGCAUCGAUCCAAGUCCGUAGGUAGAUAAGACAAGUCAGCCAGCACCCGUCUUGGAUCUGACGACUUCGCUGAGCCACAAGUGGACCUGUGUGCGUGUGGUGGGCGACUCCCACACGUUGCGGAGCCACGCGUCCCUCUCGCCCGCGGGGAGCGAAUGCAACACACCCAACGCCAUGCCGUCCAAAUGGUGCUGAAUGAAUGAAUGAAUGCAAGCCGAGAACAUAUAAGGGGAUUGGUCACUCUCCCCGAGUGGUGUGCGUUGUUUUGUACCUUCUCGAUGUGCAGUAAGCCAUCCAUUGUGCCGUUGGUCUGCUUGUCCACCGCGUCUUUGACCUCGGCAGCCGUCAUGCGGUCGAUGUCCGUCUUGAUGGGGAAGGUCGACCGCAGCAGCGCCCUGCGACCCUCGUGUGUCAUGUCCUCAUCACGCAGUCCACCCCGUGAGUCGAUCGCGUCCUUGAGGGCAGCCAACAGCAACAGCGAACCUGUCGGAAUCAAGAUACAGGCAGACGAGUAGUGUGGUGUCCGAUGAAUUGUUUCUCUUUCCUCUCUCUCGGUAUUGUCCACUGACCGAGGCAUCUGCCGGAUCGGCAGCCGUCCCCCUGAUGCGCAGACUGCACGAAGAAGGUCGCCAUCCAGCCCUCGACCGCCUGACCCAAGGACAGACAACAGACAUGCUACAUGUCUAUCACACAUACAUCUGCCACCUUACCUGGUAGCACUGUGCGGCCAGGUGUUUGAGUGGAGAGGGCGCCUCCUCGUGCGACAGCAGACCACACAUGUCCUCCCUGGACAGCUUCCCGAAGCCCACCAAACCGCCGCCCGUCCCCUCCCCCUCUCCGCCUGUGUCAGGCUUCUCCUUGACCGCCACGAUGCGGACCAUCUUGGCCUUGUUGGCGGGAGCCUGGUCUCCUCUGUCGCACGAUCGCCGCUUGCGGCUGGUCUGGGGGGUGGUGUCCUCCUUCUUGACGACGACCGGCAUGGCGACGGAGUCCACGGGGCUGACGUUGAGGGAGUUGGCCACCUGAGCACCACUGAGCGAUCCGGCCCCACGGCCCUGAUGCGGAACAAACAGCAUAGAGAUACAAAUCCAUUUACCCGUUGGCUGUUGCCUGUUGACUGUUCUCCUGGCCCUUUGUCGCUCACCUUGCGUUUGGUUGCAGUUGGAUGAGCCAUGUCCGUGCUGCCCUUGAUAGCUACGCCCACCUACGUACGCGAGACAUCCACACCACACGCACAGUACCACACCAUGCGUCAAGAAAGCGUCCAUCCGUCUGCUUGUCGGUCCGUGCGUGUGUGUGUACCUUCUUGUGUGUCGCCUCGCUCUUGAUGGGUGGCUCAUCUUUGACUAUGGCGUCGAACGAGUUCUUCACCCGCACCCGCACCUUGCCCGCCCCCUCCCCCUCCCCACUGCCCCUCUUCGCCGCCUCGUCGCCACCAUCCGACAGACCCAUGACCUCAUCCUCCCUGUCCUCCUCCUUGCCGCCCCCACCCCCAGCCCCCUCCUCCACCCCUCUGGUCGGCAUCCAUCUCUCGUCAUGGAUGCAGGACGCGUCCCACCACGGCGGGCACAGCGUCUCCUUGUCCGACUUCCACAGCGGAUUGAUGUGCGGGCCACGCUUGCGCCCACCACCAGACUUCUUGCCGCUGCCCCUCGGUGUGGUGGCCGGCUUGUGGCGGGCGGCAGCGGGCUUGGGAGGGGGUUUGGUUUUGGCCUGCUCGGUCGAUGGCUUUUUGGUGUCGGUGGUUGGUGCUUUGGGAGAUGCGGGAGGUGCGAGGCCGGGGGGAGGGCCGAUGGACGAUAUGUCGAUGGGAUGCGGGAGGAUUCUCGGGCUACUGCUCCAACACACACACACAGCGAGAGAGAGAGAGCACGACUGGGUGUUGAUGGGUCCGUCCGAGUUUGUGAAUGCGUGGGUGUUGGUUGUCUGUCGUACGUGGGUGGUUUGACGGGGGGUGCCAGUGCCGGGAACUUCAUACAUAUCUGACGCUCAAUGUCCUCCCGCGCCUGGCGGGUCGACGCAAACAACACUACAGACCUGUCCACGACAAACACACAACAAAGGCGGAUAGGAAUCCAUGUGUGCCGUGUUGUUCCGCGCAUGGUGCUCUUACGGUCUCUCGUGUAGUUUGAUGAGCAUGGCAUCGUCACUGAAUUUCUCGACAAAGUCGAACGCAUUCUUGAGAUGGGCGGGGUCGAGCGGCAGACAGCACAUCAGGUUCGGACUCACCGUCAACCUAAGAUACACAUACACACAAGUAGAGAGGGAGAAUGACACAUCUGCGACGAAUCUGUGCAUGGCUGCCGAACUCCCUGCCCACAUGCAUACUUGUUUUCGAGUUCUCCGGGCAUGAUGGAUGCGCACGAGAGCAGUUUGCCCGGGUCGGCGGUUUUGUCGCGCCAGGAGUUCAUGUGGCACAUGAUGCGCACCAGCAGCUUGGCCCUCUCGCGCUCUUCGACCGUACCAACCUGACGACACAACCACAACCAACACAUAGACAGAGAGGUCGAUGUUUUCGUGUGGUGUGUGGGUGUGGGUGUGGGUAUCUGCUGGUUUACCUACCAGGAAGAUGCAGUUGCCCGAGGGGCCGAUCCAGUGCAUUCGGGCGUCGCUGUGCAACUCGAUCACCUUGCGCUGGCAGCCAGAGAGACAACAACACCACACCCCAUCUCAUUGGUGCAGAUUGGUGCAAACACAGGCCUGCACUGCACGGCUUGUUUUCCGCACCUUUUUGCAGAGUAUGCCGAAGUACUUGACGGACCGAGAGUCCAUGAGUAUCUUAUCCUAACACACAGACAGCCAGCACAUUGCAUGCGAAGGUGUCCAGCGCAAUACCCAUCCAUACGUCCAUACGUCUAAUUCUAUAUGGCUGGUGCUUGCUUACGGUGUAUACGGCGUCGGGUUGUUUGUUGGGGAGAUCGAGCAACUUGUCCGACACACUGAGGGGGUACCGCUGCUGGAGAAUGCACCACUUGGACACAAAAUCCAUCAGCAGCAACGCAACCGAGUGACGGUCGCGCCUACAAGCAUCCAUCCCCCAUCACCACACAAAACGGCACACCCACCCACAGACGGACAUACAUGCGCCAUGCUAUUCCCUCCACCUCCCCCCUUGUGUGUCCCUCCCGCCGUGCUGUUCUCACUUUUUGCCGAUGAUGAGGACCUCCUUGAUUCGCACCCUAACGGGCGUGGCGAAGAGCAGCUGCUCCAUCUCAGAGUCGCUCUCAUCGUGGUGCGCCCCACGCCCCUCCCGCCCCUCGCCACCUGCACCUCCAGGCCGCCCGCUCUGCGCCAGGAAGCAGAACACCGGAAAAUCCUUCUCCAGGUGGACGAAGGGCGGCUGGCUGGGCCAGCAGGACGGCAGGUGCAGGAUGGUCGAGUCGUCCCGUCCGCGGUGUGCUGUGAAUGAGAUGCGCUGGUACGGCAGAUGGUGGGCCUCGGACCAUCUGGCGUCGCUCUCGCGCUCCAUGAGUAGGUCGAGGUACUCCUUGGCCCGCUGCCGCUCGGUUUUGCUGCCCUCGCAGCGGAUGACCUCGGUUGCCCCGUUGAGCGACGAACCUGUCAAGGUGUCGAACUUGACAGUGGCGAUGGUCUCCACACGACGCUACAGCCAGCAACCGCAGACAGACAAGAGAUAUGCACCCACCAAAUUUGCAAACCAAGGUGACUGCUCUCUGCGUGAGGGUGCGGGUGGUUAUCAUUACCAGGAUGGAAGCUCCGUUUUUGUUCUCUUUGAUGAACUCGCAGUACUUUCUGCCGAAUAUCUCAGAUGAGCUGCCCAUCGUUGGUCGCGAACACCACCAGCCAGCUACUGACGAGGUCGCUGCAAGGGAGGCGGAACGCCGCUACACCUCAGCUACCUGCAACACACACAGACACACAACGCAACGCACACCACUGGUCGGUCCCCUCUCGUGCAGUCAGCAAACAGGCAGGCAGUGGCACCACCAUCGCCUCCUUCACCAGCCACAAGCGCAAGCACCUGCAUUUUGCCAUUCCUUUCGGCCCCUUGUGGUGUGUCGAGGUCGGGCAGCUGUCUGCGCGCACCUGAGAGGCCGCGAGAGGCGGCGUGCGCACCGCGCCGAUGAGUCGGUCAACCGCAGUUGUGAAGGUACAGCCACGUGACGGCCGUUAGGAAAGGGCGUCGAAAAAAGAGAAUAAGACCAUCAAAGGCCUCGCCAGUCAAUCUACGUAAUCUCGUCAAAUUCAGC